CUUGUGGCGAUAAUCCCAGCACCAGUUGUGUUAAGUGAAGCCUGCACAUUGAAUCGGAUAAGAUCAAUUUACCUGCGUCUAUUGAACAAGUCACCUGUGAUACACAGCUUAGAUAAUACCAUAUAAACAUUUGAUGAAAUCAUGGUGUGAACCAUCAACUUUCACCUACCUGUCGCAGCCUAGCAACAAGGCAUCGUCUAGAACCACAACUAACCUACAGGGUCAGUUUCACCCAGGAGUGCACUUGUCUGUUAGCUAGCUGUCAAAGAUCCGUGACUUAGAGGUGUAUGCUUACCUUCAGACAGUUUGAGAAAACCUGAUGUGAAUUACAAAAAAUCCAAUACACAGACGUUUUAUAUUGAUUUUAUCAUUCAUACAAAGUGGCGAUGGACGGAUUCCGACGAGCAAGAACGUCAUACGACUAUCCAGAAGAUAAGGCAGAAGGCGCCACCAUUCUUCCUGAGAUCCCAUCAGCCAUAAGACCUGAUAUGCCCUAUGAUGGCAGAACAUCGUACCUACCACUUGAAGAUCACAUAAUGCAACCAGGAAUGAGGAGACGGUCUCGACCAACAACUCGUGCUGGAGGGCUUGAUAUUGGUAUACAGACAGAACGGCCAAGACUGCGAGAAAGGGAAGAUGAUAACCCUUACACAGGACACAUGGACCCAGUUAACCAACAGUAUUACUACAGACAGUGGAGGCAGCAACCCCCAUCACCUCGACGACCCAUCUAUCGAUCUGGUCGCUUGGGUAGCCCAUGGAGACAUAUUAAAGCAUGUAUUAACAAUGGAGGAAACCAUCUUGUUUUUAUUGAUGGAACCGUAAAAACAGAAGAAAACUUUUUCUACCCACCAGAGGAGAUGAUGGAGCCCCCGGAUCUGUCUCUGUUCAUCUCCCCGAGGAUUGCACGCCAGGCGAGCCGGCCCAAGAGAAGCAGCAGUUUCAAUGAGCGAGCCAGGCAAGGCUUCCAGUACUGGUACAAAGACACCAAACCACUCGACUGUUAUAAGAAACCGAGCCUUGGAGCGAAGGGUCGCUGGCUAGGUGUGUCAGGGGAAGCUCUUGCUGCGAGAAAUGCCAAGGCUGGCGUUUAUUAACAGUCUUACUGUCAGUGGCCGCAAGGUACCGUCUGAAAGCCCAGCACCUCAGUCUAGGAAUCUAACAGCAUUAAGUCCAUGAUCCCAGUGGACAUUUAGACUCCGAAUAAAAUCCAUAUUGUCAACAUCACUGCGUAUGAAAGCAGUUAUAAAAAUGUUGUGUUGAUCAAUUAUGUACUGCUUAAUGAAUUUCAUCAUGAACUGUGCAUGUUUAAAAGAGAUGUCACUGUGGGUGGCAAAAUGUACCUUUUUGUGUGUGAACAACCAAGCAAGCAUUUUACCAUUCAGUAUUAUAUACUCAUGCAAUGAAUUGUUUUAAAAAGAAAAGUUCAAUAUGUGCUGUUGUAAAUAAUUUAACAUAAAGUAUCAUAAAAUU